UCGUGUUGAUCAACAAUACUUGAUUCCUGUGAAUUAUGAGUUGAUUCAGUUGAGUUAUCUUUUUUGAUUUUGAGAAUGGAAGUUGUUCAUGAAGGUUGGCUCACGAAAUCGCCACCCCCUAAGAGGCUAUUGAAAGUGAGAUGGCACACACGGUGGUUUGUACUGAGGUCAGGGGAUCUGCCUGGUCAGUACCUUCUUGAAUAUUAUGUAGACAAGACCCGCAAGAAACUUAAGGGAAGAAUAGACCUGGAUCAGUGUGAACAGGUUGAUGCUGGAAUUAUUUUUGCAUCACAAAAAGAUCCAUCUGAGAAUAAUUUCAUGUUUGACAUCCGUACACCUAGCCGAGUGUAUUAUUUGAGAUGUCAAACUGAGCUAGAAAUGAACCACUGGGUAGACUGUCUCUGUCAAGUAUGUGGCUUGAAGGCACAGGUAGACGAUGCAACGGCUUCCAAUCCUGUUGUUUUCCCUCAUCCUGCUCAGAUUGCUGCAAAUCCACUGCCACAUGUUACCCAGUCCACAAACAUCUCAGUUGAAAACGAUCACGCAUUCCUGUCAAGCUCGGUGGGCAGAGCUGAAUCCAAUAUGUAUAUAUCUGGCCCAUAUAUUCCCAUAAGUGAGUGUAUCACUGGCCGCAAGCCCAGCUCCAACAACAGGGACAACAACAAUGCCCCUUCAGAUAAUGGACAUGGCGGUAACCGCCGCAGGAGCAUCCCUAGUGAGAUGGCUCCUCCUGCUCCCAUGGGGCGGUCGGCUCACGAUACAACGUCUUCAACCCUCGUUCCAUCCGCAUCUUCCACGUCUACUCUGGUAUUAGAAGCUAAUAUUUCAACUAAUGGAUGGAAGAACUUUGGUGACGCCUCAACAUUACCACAUCAAGGUGGCCAUUCGAAGCACCGCGGAAGCCAACAGUCCAUAGAAAACUCGCGAGGCCUGCGCGGUCAAAACCCAUUUGGGAGACGUACCACCCGCUCCUGUGGCAGUAACUCAGAGGACAGUUCAGUUGUGUCACCACCGGGCACUGGCAGCAGCAGUAGCGUGUGUACCGACGAAGACCGAUCAUCAGCAACGCCGCUCAACAACACCGUGUUCUUUGGGGGCACUGAGAACCAUGGAAGUACUGCUUUUGAUUGCAACUUGGCCGCACAUGCUAUAAGAACCAUGGUCAAGGAUCCGCUUAAGCAAGAAGAUGCUGAAGCCCCACCCAGACCCCCAAAACCUGCACACUUGGAAGUCCCACAACAAAACUACAUGAAUAUAGACUCCAUUAAGGCCCCUAACAGCCGAAAGAACAGUGUGGCUGACGCUGGAUUUAGUAAAAUGUCUAAUUCCACAUCGCUUACUAGUCAUGACGGCAAUUUUAUCUCGUACUCAGACGCAGAGCCCUCGCCUGUCUCUGCGUCUAGCUCAGUAGCGUCCAUAAACACACAGAGUGCAAUCAACAAUGAUGUGCACGAUUUCCCUCGUUCCCUUCCCACAGAAGUAGUGAGCGCGGGCUCUGUAAUUCCUAAGCGUUAUGGCCAUUCAAGUGCCGUUCCAUCUAGCGUCACCUCGGAUAGCGUGUUCUCUUAUGACAUCAGAAACGCGUCAAGCCACACAGCUGGUGAAAACGACCCAAGAAUCAGUCCUGCUCUCUACACAAAUUUGUCGAGCAUCAACAACGGCAUAGGAGGUUCAAGCAAAGCUCCCUCUUGUCCUCCUCCUACGAUCAACCGCGGCUUGAAACCUAAAAUUUCGUCCUCAGACGGUUCGAGUUUGAGUGGCUGUGACACUUCACCAAGCAUGGACACUCCCUGCAGCUCAGCUCCUGCCAUCGACCGCAACUUGAAGCCUCCUCCUAGGACCGGCAUGAGCGCAGCAACAGAUGCCCAGUACGGCAACAACACGCCUGAGUUUGUCCUAGAACCUGCUCCUAGGAGCCGUCCUAGAACCGGCGGCGACAAGGCGCGACAGCAGGGCGCGGUAAGGGCGGCGCCCUCGCCCACCUUGCCGUCGCCUCAUCAGCCCCCAGCCGAUGAUGAGGAGCCGCCACCGUCCGCACACAGCUGGAGGAACUCGGCCGUCACCGAGGAACAGGUGUUCUACCCACCGAACUCAGUGAGGUCUCCCCCGUCGGAGAUCCAGUAUCUGGACUUGGACCUGAACAGUGGCGGAGGUCUUGGCAGCACGGCGAUAAGCACCGCAGAUUUGUCAAACACCAAGAGCUUCUUGCCAAGUUUCAGUUCAUCCAAGACUCAGCUGGGCAAGAAGACUGGUAGUUCAUCAAGCUCCGCUGCCAUCGAUGUGAGCCGCCCGAGCACUAGCGGGACUAAAGCCAUCGAGUCCUCGAAGGUGGAGUACCAAACCGUGGACUUUGUCAAAACCGACGCACUUCUACACGUUAAGGAGAAGGUCCAGACUUACAAGGUCAAGCAGUCAUGAGUUAAAAGACCUCAUUUCAAUAGACCCAAGUCAUACAUUCGAGUUAAACUGUAACAUUCUCUUUUCUUCUUUUGUUUCUACUGUGAUUCCUACUUACUAUAAAUAACUGCAUUUUUAUACUGAUAGCGAGUUUAAUGUGCUUUUUGCUAUAUCAGCUACUUCAGGCAACAGUUAUCAGCUGCCUUCACACUAUCUCACAAAGCUGACUACUAAUGAAUAUUGAGAUGAAUAUUCAAUCGCCGUGGAAAGCAUAACUAGUUUUGUAAACUCGAAGACACUCGUGACUUUCAUCGUCAGCCAAAUAUAUUUAGAUGAUCAUUCCAUCGGAAUGAGACUUUUAACGACAUUUCUGUUGGCCUGUGAUGGUCCUUCUUUUAUUUUCCGAUUAUUCAUUUGUUUGUCUCUGUACCACCGCUGGCAUGUCAUUGUAAGUUGCCUUCGCCUUAAGUAAAAAAAUCCCGUAAAACGUGGCAGAGCAAGACUGAUACUCGGUCGCUUUACUCAGACAUAAACACGUAACAGACAAAAUAAAUUCCGCGAGACGUAAAGUGUUAGUGCCCAGUAUAUGUGGUGUUCAAAACUAGACUGGAACCUUGUGCUUUUCUUCGUCUGCUUGUUUAAAAAGUUGAGACGUUCACCGGUCCUGCCUUGCGGUCGCCAUUUCAUGUACCGAUCACAUCACCUAUUAUGUAUUAAUAUUAUCAUCAAUUUUUGGAAAGAUAAUUCUGCAUCCUUUGCGGGUAAUCAUAGAAUAGACUGCUGUACAUUUUCAAAAAAGGCUGCAUUUGUUACGGCGUCAGCAACCAAGUAAUACUUGGAGUUUACGACGUGCCUCAAAUUCUUUAGUUUAGUUUUGCCAUGUAAAGCUUAGCAGUGUAAAAAAAGCCUUACUCUUCUAUAAUGCAGUCCACUAAGAAAUUACUUAUUCAGGUGAAAACUGGAGUCCGU